UGACCAUAGCUUCUUGCAUUUAGAGAAAGAGAGAGAGAAACCAUUGAUUGUGCUUGUAGCGAGAGAAAGAGAGAGAGAGAGAGAGAAGAGAAAGAUGGAGUUCCCAUUUGGGCACCAGCAGCACCACCACCACCAUAGGAGCCAUGAAGAGAGAGAAGAGGAGAGGAACCCAAAUGAAGAAGAGCCAUACCAGAGACACCCUCCUGAGCCUCGCUUUGAAAGGCCCCCACCCCCUGAAUUCUCCCCAUUUGAGAGGCCUCCUCAACCUGCUUAUGAUCCAUAUGAAAGGCCUGUUACUGAUGAAUUUGGUAAUCCCUCAUUUCAAAGGCCUCGUCCUCCUCAACCUGCUUAUGAUCCAUAUGAAAGGCCUGUUACUGAUGAAUUUGGUGAUCCCUCAUUUCAAAGGCCUCCUCCUCCUGGUGAAUAUGGCGAGGAUCCAUAUCGGAGAGGCCCUCCUCGUCGUCUUGAAGCUCAGGUGGAGCAUGUAUCUCAUGAGAAGCAUCACCAUAGCUUCCCCUUCUUCAAUCGCCAUGAGAGCAGCAGUCAUGGCGAUGAAUAUGGGAGACCCAGCAGUCGUGGCGAUGAGUAUGGGAGGUCCAGGCUUCCACAGGGCCAGGAUGUUAGGGUUUUUACCUUGGCUGAAACCAACUACUCUCUCACCAUCCGAGGGGAAUCUGUGGUCUUGGCUCCUGCCAACCCUGAUGAUGAAUUACAGCAUUGGAUCAAGGAUGAGAAAUUCAGCACAAGGGUGAAGGAUGAGCAGGGUUUUCCUUCCUUCUCCCUCGUUAACAAGGCUACGGGUCAGGCCCUCAAACACUCUGUCGGACCUGAGAAACCAGUUCAGCUGACCCCAUACAAGGGAGAUAAUGAAUUGGAUGAGUCCAUAUUAUGGACCGAGAGCGAGGAAGUGAGGGGAGGGUUCAGGUGCAUCAGGAUGGUCAACAACAUUCGCCUCAAUUUGGACGCGUUCAAUGGUAAUAAGAAGCACGGAGGGGUUCGUGAUGGAACCGCAGUUGUUCUCUGGGAGUGGAAGAAAGGUGACAACCAGAUCUGGAAGACUGUCCGCUAUUAACACUCACACUGAUAAUUGGGGUCUUGUGAAGCGGAUCAUGGGCCAUCCUUCUUACUAGUUACGGGGAGAUCGAGUGCCUCGGCAUAUUACUGUUUGUUGUGAUGAGCUUGUGUUUUCUAUAUAUUGAUGGACCUAUCUAUGAGUGUGUGGAGUGUGGCCUUUAAUUCUCAAUGUUCCUCGGCAUAUUGAGAUAGUUAUGUUUGUUGUGAUGAGCUUAUGUUUUCUGUAUAUUGAUGGACCCAUGGAUCCAUCUAACAGUGUGGAGUAUUGCCUUUAAUUGUCUUCUCAGUAUUUGCUAUAUAUGUGGACCUAUGCAUUAGUGAAAUAUAUUUGUGGCCCUUAGUAUAAA